UUCCUGUAUUACAGUGAUUUGGAAAAGGAAGUAACGCUAUAUAUUAACAAAUUACUAUGUCUGCAGCAACAAGAUUGCAAAAAUAACCAUGCGGAGCUAGUAGAAAACUUAAGAUAUUUAAGGAAUUUGUGUGCUCGUGGACCAUCCGUACAAUGUUCCAUUGCAACAAAUCAAUAUUUACAAGAAUUCCUACAUAAUUUACUAUUUAACACCGAGUACUAUGGCGAUGAGGAUUUGCACAAACAAGUUCGAACGAUUACUUGGCAACUGAUGGCUAAUGUCAUUGUCAACAACGAAGAAACGCAAUCACUGGUGUGGCAUUACCAUGGUGCAGCUAUUUUACAAAUGUGUUGCAAUCUACAGAAGCUAUUAGAUCGUAAUGUUGACAUCAGUCUUAUGAUUGUUUACAAUGUCAUGAAAUGUAAGGGAGAGACAGUGCUUCCAUAUCCCCACGUGCUAAAGGCUGUUGCCAACGUUUGGCGGAAAAUCCUUGAACAGAAAUGUCCGUUACAAUUUGAAUUUUUACAUUUCAUAUUUGAAGAAUUUCUUGUCAAGGACGGACGUAGUUGUGUACGAUCAUAUGCCCAAUUAGAAACCGAAGAGAAAUUGGCAUUACUCGAUUAUUUGCUAAACUAUUUGUCAAAUGACAGUCCAAAUGGUCAGGUCCACACAUUCCUAUUGCAGCAUAUAUCAAAGGAGUUUAAAAUGAAAUCGGAUUGCAUUUUACGUCUUUCAUCUUUGAAAGAAGUUGAUCGUAUGAAACCACGUGAGGCGUAUGCUCUUUUGCAAUGCAUAGCCUCGGCAUCAGGUUCUGAAGGUUAUUCUCAAAUCUAUGCCACUGAUCAUGCUUUGUUUUUGAAUGUAUCAAGUUUGCUAAGAUGUCUGGUACAGGUGGGCAAGGAAAUGGAAAAGAAUAUAUUUACACCAAUGAACAAACUGGAGGAAGUCGCACUAUCAUCGGGUAUAUCAGCAGAUUUUCAAACGGAAAUUUCUUAUGAAUUGAAGACUCUGUUGGUGAGAAGUGUGGCAAAUUUGCUAUAUAAAAAUUCCACAAAUAAAGGCUAUUGUUUGGAUACUCAACUAAUGCCGGCAUUAUUUGAAUGCACCAAUAUGGAUGCACGUAACCCAUUAAUGAAAGAAUGGAGCAUUUUGGCCAUUCGCAACGCCUGUGAAGGCUGCCCAGAAAUUCAACAAGUUAUUGCUAAUCUUACCUCACAAGGUCCAGCGCAGAAUGAUAUUUUGAAUGAAUUGAAUUUGGAUAUGGGUUCUUUGAGAAUUAGUCCAGGAAAAUAAAUUGAUAAACUUCAAACAUAAAAUUAUUGUU